UAAUAUUUUUAUAUAUGUUUUCCGAGUACCAUUGUUAUAUACAAGUGAAUCCUCAGUAUUAUUAUUACGUCUUUCUAGGAUUUUUUCUUUCCGCUCGUCGUUACUUACAUUAUCCCGUCACCAUUAUCGUUAUCGUCACCAUCAUCGUCAUUAUAGUUGUCAUGAAAUUCGUCAGAAAAGUCACCCAUAUGUCGUCUCAAGAAUCGAAAUAGGGUUGCACCGCACCCAGAGCGAGCAGCAGCAAAGACUAAACACCCAACACUCCAGAGUCGAGACUUGAUACUCGAGACUAGACUCUGCAUAGCGGGCGGCAGUCCUUAGCUCUACCAUAUGUGCGAUAUGGAUGAUAUAGAUGAUACGGACGAUAUGGACGAUAUGGCAUGGCAUGCGUACCGAAACAACCGGGACUGGGGACGGAUAAUUGGUGCGGAUAGUAUUCAGCCAGACCGUGCGUUUGUGUAUAUCCGUAUCAGUAUCCGUAUCCGUCUAUCUGUGUAUCAGCCAGACAGACAGACAGACAGACAGCCAGACAAACAGCCAGCUGGACGGACAGACCGCACUUUCAGCCCGAAACAGUUUAUGCAUUUCAGCCAGCGGCGGCGGGACGGCGGGACGGCGCGCGGGCGGAGACGGAUAGACGGGCCGAACCUCCCAUUCUACGACAUCUAAGUCUACAAGUCUACGAGGCUACGGGUCUACGAGUUCAACAUGGCUACGGGUUCUACGAGUCUACGAGGCGACAAGGCUAUGAGACAAUAAGACCGACUACGACUACGACCGAUUUAAGUGCCAGGAAUAAGCUGCUAGAUGCACCUCUCGCAUAUAAGCUAUACGCUAUAGGCUGAAGACGGUAUACGACAAGACAAGGGCACUACGCCCUGAAUCGUUACAGCCUACAGAUUACAGCCCACGCCACAGUCUACAGACUAGAGAUUACAGACUAUAGACUACAGACUACUACAAUAUACAGAAUAUACUCAAUACGGCAACGUCUUUUUGAGAUAUGGCAAAUGAAGCAUAGCGUCCAGCG